AUGCAAGAUCUAGCAGGAGUCGCAUGCAUUGAAGAGACCAGCACGCCGCUGCUUCUUAUUGACACAGCAGGGUGUGGUCUGAGUGAAAUGGAGGUCGCAGAUGAGCAGUCCAAAGGCAACACAGGUGAGGUCGACAUCGUCGAUCUGCACAUAAAAGCUCUGACUGAAGCUGGAGUUAAAGCUAAAGACAUAGCUGUUAUUGCUCCAUACAAUCUACAAGUCGAUCUUCUACGUCAGAAACUUUCUGCAAAGCAUCCAGAGCUCGAGAUAAAAUCAGUGGAUGGAUUUCAGGGCAGGGAAAAAGAGGCUGUCGUGUUGUCGUUAGUUCGAUCCAACAGAAAAGGUGAAGUUGGAUUUCUAGCAGAGGACAGAAGGAUAAAUGUUGCCGUUACGCGUGCAAGACGACACAUCGCUGUCGUGUGUGACACUCAAACCGUUCAGAAUCACGGUUUUCUGAAAUCCCUGAUUGAUCACAUGACUGCGUUUGGUGAAGUCAGAACAGCGUUCGAGUACAUUCAAGACAUCGUACCACAAAACUACACCCGUGACCACAAAGAUGCGAAAACAGCCUCUUCCAGCACCUCCACAUCUACCAAACACAAGGUCAAGGAUCAGCCCUCCAGUAAAGCAAAGCCAGGACAGAAAAAAUCUGCUGGUAGCAGCAGCAAGGAAAAUGCAGCUGGUUCAGAGAAGCAAACAAAGUCUAGCACAUCAGCAGAGCAAGAGCAGAGUAAGGGCAGACGCGCUGAGAUCAGAGAGCAGGUGGAAAGGUUUAUGAAGGACUUAAACCAGAGUGAGCUACAGUUUCCGUCAUCAUUUAACUCUCAUGACCGGCUGCUGGUCCAUGAGAUCGCUGAGGAGCUGGGCCUCAUUCAUGAGAGCAAAGGGGAGGGAAGUGAGAGGUGUAUCACUGUCUCCAGACCCCCGGUGUCAAAACCAGCCAAAGAAGAAGCACGAGCAGCAACGGAAGAGGAAGAGGAAACGAUCCCAGAUUCAAAAAGUGAGCCAUCGUCUCAACCCCCCUUAGACCUGAAAAGUUUACAUUUAGAGAGGAUGAAGAGAGAGCAGAAGAAAAGGGAAGAAAAUGCUCAACAAAAAAAGCAACAGAACAACAUUCAUCCAGCUCAAGGCCACUCAUCAAAAAAAGCAAAAGGAAAAAAUCAAACCAAGGCUGGGGCCUGCGACAUCGCUGCUGCAUCUGCUCCAGAUGAUGACUUCGACACACUCAUCAGUAGUGUCAUGAAGGCCGACAGUGUUUGUAGUUUUGUCAAGUGCAAAGCAUCUGUGCUAACACUCGGGCAGCUCUGCCUGUUCUGUAACAGGCAGUAUUGUCUCAGUCAUCAUAUACCAGAGGUUCACGGCUGUGGAGAUAAAGCCAAGUCUCAUGCUCGAAUGAGGAUAAGUAAAGAGGGUGUUCUUUAUGCUGGGAGUGGGAAGAAAGACAAAUCUAUGGACCACAAUAAGAAGGCCUAUCUGCAAAGAAAAUUGGACUCUAAGCUAAAAGACAUGGCGUCACAGAGGAAGCCAAAAAACAAAGAGAAGGAUGGUUAAUGGUUAACUUGACACUAAAUUUAAAUAAAUCUAAAGACUUUUUUCUGAGAAAGCUAAAAGAGUGUUUGAAAUUGUUUAUUUUCUUGCUCUUUGGACCUCUGUUUGAUACAGUAAAGUACAAUUUCCUGCUGAAAAACUCUUAUUUAAAUAAAUAAUUUUAAUUACAAAAAA